UAUUAUUCAACAUAUGUAAACAAACUCAAUAUCGGAAGUCUUCUACCUUUCUACUUACUUCAAACUGAUAUCAAUUCAUUCGGUGAGGAUAUUCAAACCAACUCCCGUUAGCCAAUACUCGCCUUCGCAUUCCUGUCAUCAUGUCUACCGACCCAAAGAUUGAUCUGUCUCAGCAGCCAGCCCUCAGGACGAAGCUGGAGGAUCUGAGGCAUGAGGACCCUACGACCACCGAACCAAAGCCCGAUGCUAAGACUACCACCCCCAAUGUCACUGCUCCGGAGGCCGAAAAACCGAAGGUUAAAGAUCCGGCCCAUGAUGCCGAUCUGAUUACUCCUGUGGUGCCGGCCCAGGGGGCUGCUCCCGUACAGACACCUGCCGCUCCCACGGAGCCCAAAUGGCCUGACCUUUCCGAAGACCACCCCAUCUCCAAGUUCCGCCAAGCGCUUCCAGAUAUCCUGACGAAAUCCGGCUACACCGAGGUCUAUGGUAUCCACCUCUCCGCCGAUGAUAGCAGCGCAACCACGGUCUUCCACACGAACCUAAUCCUUCAGAAGUUCCUGCGAGCCAACGGGAACGACUUGGACAAGGCGAAGGAGCAACUCCUCGACACUUUGAAAUGGCGAAAGUCAUUCCAGCCGCAUCUACUUGUCAACGUGACGUUCGACGAGGAGAAGUUCGGUGGACUCGGGUAUAUCGUCCGACUGACUAGUCAGGACACCGGGGACGAGGUGGUCACGUUCAACGUGUACGGGGCGGUCAAGGACUUCAAGAAGACCUUCGGAGACACGGAAGAAUUCAUCCGCUGGCGCGUCGCCCUCAUGGAGCGCUCCAUCGCCGCCCUCCACCUCACGUCCGCCACCGAGCCCAUCCCCGACUACGGCCUCGGCGAAGACCCCUACUGCGGCAUCCAGGUGCACGACUAUCAGAACGUCUCCUUCCUCCGCCAAGACCCGCACGUCAAGACGGCCUCGCGCAAGAUCAUCGACCUCUUCUCGCGCGUCUACCCGGAGACAAUGUCCAAGAAGAUAUUCGCCAACGUCCCCUUCUACAUGGCCUGGAUGUUCAACGCCAUGCGCUUCCUGCCUGCCCAGACCUACGCGAAGCUCGAGGCCGUGACGGAUGGGAAGACGUUGAAGAAGAGCCUGGGCGGCGACGCGGUGGAUGCGCAGAUUCCGGCAGCGUAUGGGGGUUCGGCGGCGUCGUUGGAGGAGGUCGCGGAGAAGCCGAAGUUGGAGAAGGAAGGGAGCGACCUCAUCAUGAAGAUUUCAUCCGCGGUAAUGUCCGAGCCAGUCGACGGUCCUCCUGUGCAUGGCGGCAUUGCUGGCCUUGCUGGCACCCCUGCAGCUGACGCUUCGUCCGACACUCCGUCUCCUGUCAUCGCUUCUUCUCCCACUGCUUCUCCCGCCAUUGCUUCCUCUGCCAGUGCUCCCCCCGGCCCAGGGGCCACGACAGAUGGCGCCACCCCGACCGUGAUCGACGCUGCAGCGAGCGCCCAGGAGACGGAGCCCGCAACCACUCUCGCUGAGCAAGCCGCUCCUCCUCAGAAGGCGUAACUGGCUUCCUGCUACCACCGCGGUUCAAUAGGAGCGCCCGGUCCCCUCGCGUCUGGGACAACCGCAGUUUCGGCGGUCGGAUGCGGAACCGGAUCGAGGAGCUCAGGUGGAAGUUAUUUCCUUGGCGUUGGGCGGGUUAACUAUGAUGAUGUAGCGUACUAAAAAUACCCCUUACUGCAUUAUUUGGUCGUUGACGCGGGUUUCUCUGCUCACUACUUACGACAUAGAUGCCGGUACCUGGUACUCGGUCGCAAUACAAGCCGUAUUCUCACUCUUCCCGCGUUCUUAAUGACAGUUCUGCUUUGUCGUCAUCGACAUGGUUACUAUUCUUAUUUUUACCUACCAGUUUCGGCAAAUAGUAAAUUGAAU